CACGACUGACUCGAAUCGUCUCACUGUCUCGCUCCAAGGAAGAUCCCUUCCAAAACAAAGAUGUCCUUUGGCUUUCUGUUGGAGUUCAAUACAUACGUGCAGUAGUACCGGUCCAUAGCAUGUCGUGGAGGGAACAGAGAAACUCAUGGACGAUCCUGGCCGUCUCUUCGGCUACGGCCGUGCUGGGCUAUUAUUCCUACUACUAUCAAUGGCAAGCGAAGCAAAAGAAGAAGGAGACACCAAAGCUACCACGCCGACUACCGACCAGUCGAGAGGAUGCCAAGUGUCUACAGCCAUUGACACUUCCCUGUGGACUGACACUCAAGAAUCGCAUCGUUCGAGCCGCUGCCUUUGGUGGAUCUGAUAUCGACUCGCUAUUACAGACGCAUGUCGAAGUGGCCGAAGGAGGAGUCGCCAUGACCACCGUGGCGUAUGCGUCGGUCAGUCAGGAUGGCAUGACGUUUGCCAAUCAAAUACUACUGGCCCAACAAAAUUUUCUACCAGAUCUCCAAAAACUCGCCGACGCCGUGCAUGCCAAAGGCAGUAUGUUGUCGCUGCAAUUGGCCCACGCCGGUUCCUUUGCCACUGCCAGCGUGACGGGGACACAAACCAUCGCACCGUCCGGCAUUUUCAAUAUCGCCGGAUUCGAUUUUGCCCGUGCCAUGACCCGCGACGACAUGGAUCGGGUCGCCGCCGACUUUUUGCGGGCGGCAUGCAUGGCGCAAGAGGCAGGAUGUGAUGCGGUCGAAUUGCAUUGUGGGCACGGCUAUUUGCUCAGUCAAUUCCUUUGUCCCGCCACCAAUACACGGACGGAUGAAUUUGGUGGGGCUUCUAUUGAAAAUCGAUUGCGAUUUCCCUUGAGAGUCUUGCGAGAAAUUCGAAAGACAGUCACAAUUGCCGUGUUGGUCAAGAUGAAUCUUAGCGAUGGAUUUGACGGCUUGUCGAUCGACGAUGCCAAGGCGGCGGCCGUGGCGUUUGGUAAAGCGGGGGCAGAUGCACUUGUCUUGUCGGGUGGAUUCACGUCACGGAAUGGAUUCUACAUGCUGCGGGGAACCGUACCCUAUUGGUCCAUGGCACGAGCUUUGGGGGCGACCAAAGGAUUGGCAUUGCUGUUAUUGGGAAGAUGGUUGGUACCACGGAUCGACUUUGAGGAAUGCUUCUUUCUACAACAGGCACGACACGUUCUGGGGGUACUGCAGGACAACAACAAUAAUCUGCGACAUGUACCUGUCUGUUUGAUUGGAGGCGUCGUGUCGCUGUCGGGUAUCGAAGGUGUCCUCGAGGAAGGAUUCCAUUUGGUCCAAAUGGCCCGCGCUCUCAUCCAAAAUCCACGCAUGGUACGGGAUAUUGAAGAGUCUCUUCCGUUACUAUCAUCAUCAUCAUCCACCAUAAAAACCAGCAAUCAAACAAAGGCAACAACUUCUGCUGCUGUCAAUGAUGUUCGAUCGAAAUGCACGCAUUGCAACGAGUGUGUUGUGAGCACCAUAGACCCAACACGAGUCAUGCAUUGUCCCAUCAAGGAAACACAACCACAGGAUGACAACAAACUUGAUUGGUAACAAACCAUCGAGUUAGAUGUGCGCUUGAAAACAGAUCUUUUGGUUUAGAGAACACGAUCAAUCUACAGAUGGAUGGUUACCAUGACUGGAUGCACUCAACGAGUUUCGAAUGAUUCAGCCAUCAUACCGGUCUCCGUACCGUACCGUACACAGCAACAGUGCCGCACCUCGUGCUCCAUGCAUGCCAUCGGUGGCCAUCAGGCAGUCUUCUUCAUGGCAUAACGUUGCGAGCGAAUGAUACAGUGAGCGCCACCGGUACCAUGGUGAAGAGAUGCACCGAUGCAUUUAUUUGCUAGGAAGCACCCCAAGCACUGGGCCACAAGGCGUUCAGCAAAAAUCAAGUAGGAGCAAGAUGCCGAGUCUCCACUAUCAGAAUCGGUUGAUCACAACCUUACCGCUUCAUACCGUACGGUACGGUAGGAGUGCAAAAAACUUUUGAUGAUCUUUGGGAGUGGUGGAGUGAUUGAUAAGUUGCCAGGGGACAUGCCAUGGUCAGGUCUGUCUGAAGGAUGAGCUGACAGUGACUCGGGAGACACAGGGAGCCGAGGGAAUGCAAAAGCGUGGAUGAUGAAGAGUUCACUGGUCCAUAAUGAAGACGUCAACAUGGCCCCGGCUGGCUUCCGUAGAUAAUUUCCCUACUCUAAACCCCCGUUCCAAGACGCC